AUGAAGGCCACAGCUCUGGUUCUCACCGCACUUCCUCUGCUUGCCUCUUCCGCCACCCUCCAGGUCAACCUCUUCUCUGAGCCUGACUGCAAAGGUAGCAAACAGACGUUCACUAUCGGCAACCUCGAAAGUUGUCACAAAACACAAGGCUUCAAAUCGUACGGCACAUCAAAUGUCGAUCAGUCCUUCUUCAAUCGUGAGCUCAGACUUAGUACAUGGAGCACCGAGGACUGUCGACAAAGUGCUACUAUCACCAUCGGCGAAGGCGUAGCUUUGACGAACCAGAAUAACUGCCAUGAGUUUGGAGCGAUCAACGACCCCAAGAGCUUGGAGCCCGGGGCUCGUCGCUGGACUGGAAGAAGCUUUUACGUUGGGGGAUGA